AGCCAUAAAGAAUCCAGAAGAUCAAGAAGCAAGAUUUAACAUGCAUCUGGCAAGUGCUUUUGCUGGCAUUGGGUUUGGAAAUGCUGGUGUACAUCUUUGCCAUGGCAUGUCUUAUCCAAUUUCCGGUUUGGUGAAGAAUUAUAAAGCAAAGGAUUAUAAUGUGGAUCAUUCUUUAGUGCCACAUGGCCUUUCGGUCAUCCUCACCUCUCCAGCAGUGUUUACCUUCACAGCACCAAUGUGUCCAGAGCGCCACUUGGAAGCUGCCCAAAUCAUGGGAGCUAACAUCAGUAAUGCCAAGAUGAAGGAUGCUGGGCUUAUUCUGGCAGACACUCUCCGAAAAAUUUUAUUUGAUCUCAAUGUUGAUGAUGGUUUAGCUGCCCUUGGUUAUUCAAAAGCCGAUAUUCCCGCUUUAGUCAAAGGCACCCUGCCUCAGGAGAGAGUGACUAAAUUAUCCCCUCGCCCUCAAACAGAAGAAGAGCUGUCAUCCCUGUUUGAAGCAUCUAUGAAAUUAUAUUAAUUUGUUUUAAAAAAAAACUUUAAGCAGUGUUUUCUCAUUUCAGGGGAUAAAUCAAUUCAAAAUUUUAUACGGGGAUUAUAUGUAAAUGUCAUUUCCUAUUAAGAACUCCAACAUUCAUGUUUAUUUUUACACACGAUUAUAAUUGGAGAUAUUCAGAUUUCAUUCACUAGUGGUGAUCACUGGAAUUAAUGAUAGUUUUGUCAUGAGAGAAAAAUAUAGUAAAGAAUGUUU